GCGGGGCCGGGGGAGGAGCCACGCACCGUCGGCCGCCGCCGCCGCCGCCGCUGCGCCCCGCUCCGCUCCGCGCCCCGCUCCGCGCCCGCCGCCGCCGCCGCCGCCCAGGAGAGCUCGUGGAGGAGGGAUCACCCAGCCCCCCCGGCCCCCCAGCGCCCCCCACCCCGGUCCAGCCCGGGAUGCUGAGCACUGAGGCGGGCGCCAUGGGGCGCGCGUCGUAGCCCCCCGCCGUGGCCCCCCCGCGCGUGGCACCGGUGGCGGAGCCCACUCGGUCGGUGCUGAGCGCUCCUUGAUGGAAUUGCGGUGAAUGGAACAGAAGCCCAGCACCCUGGACCCGCUGUCGGAGCCAGAGGACACCCGGUGGCUGGAUGGCAAGCGCAAAAGAAAGAGCAGCCAAUGUUUGGUGAAGAGCAGCAUGUCAGGGUACAUCCCUAGUUACCUGGACAAAGAUGAACAGUGCGUGGUGUGCGGGGACAAAGCCACCGGCUACCACUACCGCUGCAUCACCUGCGAGGGCUGCAAGGGAUUUUUCCGUCGGACCAUCCAGAAGAACCUGCACCCCACCUACUCCUGCAAGUACGAUGGCUGCUGCGUCAUCGACAAGAUCACCCGCAACCAGUGCCAGCUCUGCCGCUUCAAAAAGUGCAUCUCCGUGGGCAUGGCCAUGGACCUGGUGCUGGAUGACUCGAAGCGGGUAGCGAAGCGGAAGCUGAUCGAGGAGAACCGAGAGCGGCGGCGGAAGGAGGAGAUGAUCAAGUCGCUGCAGCAUCGCCCCAACCCCAGCGCGGAGGAGUGGGAGCUGAUCCACGUGGUGACAGAGGCCCACCGCAGCACCAACGCCCAGGGCAGCCACUGGAAGCAGAAGCGGAAAUUCCUGCCCGAGGACAUCGGCCAGUCGCCCAUGGCCUCCAUGCCUGACGGGGACAAAGUCGACCUGGAGGCGUUCAGCGAGUUUACAAAAAUCAUCACCCCGGCCAUCACCCGCGUGGUCGACUUUGCCAAAAAACUGCCCAUGUUUUCGGAGCUGCCUUGCGAAGACCAGAUCAUCCUGCUGAAGGGCUGCUGCAUGGAGAUCAUGUCGCUGCGGGCGGCCGUGCGCUACGACCCCGAGAGCGAGACGCUGACGCUCAGCGGGGAGAUGGCCGUCAAGCGGGAGCAGCUCAAGAACGGCGGCCUCGGCGUCGUCUCCGAUGCCAUCUUCGACCUGGGCAAGUCCCUCUCUGCCUUCAACCUGGAUGACACCGAGGUGGCCCUGCUCCAGGCUGUGCUGCUCAUGUCCUCAGACCGGACGGGGCUGAUCUGCGUGGAGAAGAUCGAGAAGUGCCAGGAGACGUACCUGCUGGCCUUCGAGCACUACAUCAACUACCGCAAACACAACAUUCCCCACUUCUGGCCCAAGCUGCUGAUGAAGGUGACGGAUCUGCGGAUGAUCGGCGCCUGCCACGCCAGCCGCUUCCUGCACAUGAAGGUGGAGUGUCCCACCGAGCUCUUCCCCCCCCUCUUCCUCGAGGUCUUCGAGGACCAGGAGGUGUAGGGCUGCCACCCCCUCAUGCCCCCCACCCUCCCCCCCCACUUCGCUCUGCCCCCCACCCCCCAAAUUUUUCUUAUCCCUGCCCCCCGCCCAGGGGUGAGGGCGGGGGGAUGAUGCGCCCAGGGUGGGGGUCCCGCUGUGCCCCCCGCGGCCGCGCCCCCCCGCCGCCCCCCCGCGCCCCAGGACUUGACGAAUUUUGUUUGUUUGCACAGGGAAGGGCCCCGACGGUCGAGCGUUUCCUUUAUUGUCCUUCUCUUCUUAGAUUAUUAUUUUUUAAGCAUUUAUUUCCCUCCCUGAGAGGCUAAAAUAUUAAACUAACUGCACUUUGGAAGGAGAGAGGAGGAGGAGGAGGAGGAAGAGGAGGAGGAGGAGGAGGAGGAGGAAGAGCAGAGGAGAGGAGAGGAGAGGAGGAGAGGAGAGGAGAGGAGAGGAGAGGAGGGGGCUCUGGGCUGCACAGGGAGAGGCUGCCCCGGCCGGGGGGGCCACGGCCACAUGCACUUUUGGCCAGGCAGCGGCGGGGGGGCUGGGGGGGCCAGGACCCCCACAUAGCAGAGCGGGGGGCAUGGGGGGCACAGCGGUGGCAGGGGGGGCCCCAGCCUAUGGGGGCGCAGGACUGGUGGACUCCCCCCAGCCUGCUGGCCUCUGGGUAUGCCCUGGCUGGGGUGGCCCCCCACCCCCAGCCCCCCUAAAUUCGGGGCCAGAUUUGGGGCUUUGGUUUUUCUCUGUCUUUUUUGGGCUGAGAGGAGACGAUUUUGUGCCAAGCGCUGGCGGACGGUGGGCGCUGCGGGACGCUGCGGGGGGGGUCAUGAGGACCCGCUGUGGCUGCCCCCCCACACACACACCCCCACCUUUUCCGUUGUCCUUUUUUUUGUUGGUUUGUUUUUUUUUUUUCCCCCUCGUCCUCGUGGGUUUAUUUGUCGUGUCCGUCAGGAGUUGCAAUGGCCCCGGAGGCGCUGGCGGGGGGGGUGGGGGGGCAGCGGGUGCCCCCCCCGGACCUUGCACAGCCCCCACUGCACUACUGCCCCGGCCCCCCGGCAGCAGCACUUUGGGGGGCUGCACCCCCCAACCGCACCCUUCUGCUCCCGGGGAGGGGCCAGGCUGCAGCGGGGGCUGGCGGGGGGCCGGGUGGUGGCCGGGGGUCCCGGCUUGGCGGGGGGCAGGGCUGUGGCGGGGGCACCCAGGAAUGGUUUUAUCACCUUCCCCCCCCCCCCCCCCCCCCAAUUUAGGUUUGUGAAUUUUUUCUUACCUCAGGCGGAGGCUGAGGGGGGGCGUGGGCCGGGGGGCAGCUGGCGAGGCAGGCAGCCUGCCGGGGCCCACCUAAGCUAAUAUAUAUAUAUAUAUAUAAAUAUAUAUAAAAUAUAUAAUUUUUGUAAUUAAAAAAAAAAUCUUUUUACGGGUCGUUUAAAAGCAGAAAUCCCAACACGAGACACUUCCCCCCGACCCCGGGCACAGGGGGCCAGGCUGGGCUCCCCGCCACACCCCAGCCCCUCCCCGCUAUAGGGGUCGUGCCUGGGGGCCCCGCCGGACCCCCUGCAGCCGGGUCGGGAGGUGCAGCGGGGCCACGGCGUGGCAGGGCCGUGGCACCCACGGGUGCCCUCGCGGCCGGGGGUGGGGAGUCGCGGUGCCCUCGGCCCCUCGCAGCAGGGCCAGCUUUGCACUUGGUGCAAAAUGUCUUAAACUCUCACCCCGGGUGCCCGGCGUGGCGGGGGUCCCGGCGCGGCCCCCAGCGGGCACCGGCUGCGGGUUGUGCAAUAGGAGCCAGUGCUGGGAAACGCUAACGCCCGUGCUGGGGGGGGGCGCAGGGUUUGGGGAUUCACCCCCUACCCGGCAGCACCGGCCCCCGCUGCCCACGGUCACGCUCACCCCUGCCCUGUGUGUGCCGGCCUUAACACGUGCCUUCGGGCUGCAGGCAGGGGCCGCGGUGCCCACGGCACGGCGCCCCGGCAGCGCCCGCGCCACGCACUGCCCGCGUGAUGGCCGCGCGGUGCCGCGCGGUGCCGGUGCCACAGUCACGCGUGCUGGUGCAGGGGCCGUGCCGGGGCCAUGCGUGCUGGUGCGGUGGUGGUGCAGCGGCCGUGCCGUGCCGGGGCCGUGCAUGCUGGUGCAAUGGUGGUGCAACGCCAGCGCCGUGGCCGUGCGUGCUGGUGCAGUGCCGGUGCCGUGGCCGUGCCGGUGCCGUGGCCAUGCGAUGCCCGUGUGUUCCCGUGCACGCUCCAUGUGAUGCCGUGCGCUGCCUGCGUGCUGCCCACGCUCGCUGCCUGCCUGGCAGCGUGGCAGGGCACAGCUGUCUCGGGAUGUGUCUUAAGCAGCAAACGUGACCCCCCGCAGCCGAGUGCGGGGCCCCCCCGGGCGGCAGCACGGUGCCCUGGGGCAGCUUGUCCCUGGGGGGGGGGGGGGGGGCGCAGCCCGGCCCCCCGCCCCGCUGGCCAGCACGCCCUCGCCCUCGCGCUCCCUCCGCACCCCCCGGGCCGCUCCCUCUCGUCUCCGUUUUGCGUCGCCAUCGCACGUCCAGCGUCGGCCCCGGUUUUGCCCGCGGAGGGGCCGGACCGGUGCCCCCACCCACCCACCCACCCCCCUGCCUCCCCCGGGCCGCCCCCGUGUCCCCCCAUCCCUGCGUCCCCCCCGUCCCCCCCAAGCACAUACCUCAUGGCUCCCGGAGCUGCCCCUGCUCGGGGCCGCGUCGAGCCCAGCCGGCACGGCCCGGCACGGGGUCCCCCUACUAUGCAUGGUGCCGCGGUGGCGGCGGGGGCCGCGGCCGGCGUCGCUGAAUGUAGGGCGCGGGACGGGGGCCGCUGAGCUCCGUGACAAUCACAGUCUGUGACGUGCGAUUUUAAACCCUUUUGUGUUUUGGUCAGGAUUUUAAAGAAAGAUAUUUUUAUGGUAAUUGUUGCUGGUCUAUUUUACUAUAUAUUUAUGUAAUAAAUAUAUGAUGAAAAAAAAAAAAAAACAACCAAACCCAACCAAACCCACCCACACA